CCGUGCCAUGCUGCUACUGCUCCUUCCUCCUCCUCCCCUCCUCUUCCACCUCCUCCUCUAGCUGCUUCCUCUCUCUCUCCGUCUACCAAAUACUAUCUAUCCCUCGCUCUCUUUCUCUCUCCUCCCAUCUCAUCUCCUGUAGGCUGCAGCCCGCACGAGCCGUCUCGUCUGCCUCUGAGGCGCGCGCGGGCGCGGCCACACGACCUUCCUCCUACAAGGAGGGAGGAGGAGUGCACCGGAGGCGGCGCGCUGGACCGGGCCGGGCCGGCCGGGCGGAUGGCAUGAGCCGGCGGCGGCCCGGAUGGUCCCGGCUCGGAACCUGCAGCUCCUCCGCGACGCGCAUGCCGCGCCCUGCGCCGCCGCCGCCGCCGCCGCCGCCGCAGCGGGCAUCGGCGUGACCACGGCGCCGCCGAGCCACAUGGCCCAGGAGCCCAUCGACCACCACCACCACGAGCCGUCCAAACCGCCGCCUCCGCCACCGCCGCCGCAGGAGAGGCAGGCGGACCACCACGAGGCCCGCACCAGCGGGGAGGCGCAGGAGCCGCUGGCGCUGCGGCCGCUGCUGCACGCCCACCAGGAGGCCGCAGGCACCAGCGGCAGCAGCAGCGGCGGGAGCAGUAGCGGCAACGGCGGCGCCGGUGACUGGCUCCGGCUCGGCCUCGCCCCGGCGUCCCACGGCGCCGGCACCGCGGGCUCGCAGCUCGGCGCCUUCGCGGCGGACCGCGCGGCGGGGCUGCCGCUGCCCCUGCCGUCGCAGCCGCGGACGACGGCGGCGGAGGCGCUGCCGGGCAUGGGCGUGCCGCCGGGCGCCUUCCUGCGCCAGGCCGCGCCGGGCAUUCCGCAGGCGUCGAUAACCCUGCCCGCGCCGCGCGCCGGGCCGCCCUGGCUGCCGCCGUGGAGCCCAGCGGCAGCGCCACCGCCGCCGCCGCCGCUGAUCCCGUUCGGGCACCGCGCCUUCUACGCGCCCGGCGCCGGCGCCUCCGGCCUCGACGCGAUCAGGGUCGUCCUGCCGCCGUCGGCCGUCGCCGCGGCCGCCGGCGUCUGGUUCGUGCUCCAGGCCGCGCCCCACCAAGGGAGGGAACCAUUCUUGCCUCAGAUUCCGAGAAGCUACCUACGAAUCAAGGACGGGAGGGUGACAGUCCGGCUGCUGAUCAAGUACCUGGCCGGCAAGCUUGGGCUGGAGGACGAAUCAGAGGUGGAGAUGACGUGCCGAGGGCGACCCCUCCACGCGUUCCUGACCCUGCAGCAUGUCCGGGACGGCAUCUGGUGCCAGGGCGACGCUGCCGUCUCGCCGUCGGUGGCGCCACCGGACAUGCCAGCCACUAGCCACCUCAUGGUUUUGCAGUACGGCAGAAGACCGUAGUAGACAGACAAGUGACCACCAACUACCACACCCACACCCCAGAUGACAGAAAUGUAGAUCCUGGCAUUCUGCCCCUCCUAACCCUUUUGUCGGCACGGCUGUUGCCGGGCCGGCAAUAGGCGGCAUGACGGACGACCGACGAGCUCCCGACCGCCUGCGCUGGCUUGCCUGCGCGCCGCCGAUGAUCUGCUGAAGAACCACAGGAGAGGUGCGAAGCUUUUUUCCCGCCGCCGGUGACCGUCGGCGCGGCAGCUCAUCGGCACACCGGAGGCCGUUUCUCUCCACACAAGUGCUGGAGAGAAUGUAACAGCUUGGAAGUUGCCUGACAAGAGAGUCUGACGAGGCUGUGACGGCAAGAAGGGAGUUCAGCCCACUGAAGAGUAGCGACGUCCAAGCCAUUUUGGCCUUUUUCACUUCACCUGAUCUACUAAUCUCCAGAGUUCAGCCGUUACAUUUUGUUAAUUGUUAAUCCCUGUUGCUCGCUUCUGUUCUUUGUUGUGGAAGCAGCAUAUCAUCGAAUGUUCCCGUUGCUAAAGGACCUGUCUUUCAGAGGGCAAACUUGGCAUCUCACUGAGAAUUCAUUGAUUCAUGACUUGACCCCCCUAGAAGCUCAUGUUUCUUUUGGCUAUUAAUUCAGUGGUUUGCACCACAGCAAUUCA